AUGGACAGUCCGUACCGUCGUGAGCUGGAGGUCGCCAUUGCAGCGGCCCAAACAGCAGCCCGCAUCAGCCGCGAGGUCCUCUCCACCGCCCAGGCCGACGCCACGGCAGGAACCUUUGAUCUCGUCAAGGACGACCUCAGUUUCGUCACCGUGGCCGACUUUGCCAUCCAAGCCCUGCUCACCCGCACCCUCCAAGCCGCCUUUCCCGACGACGGCUUCAUAGGCGAGGAAUCCGCCGACGAGCUCCGCCAGAACCCGAAGCUGCUCGCCCGGGUGCUCGCCGUCCUGGCGCAAUGCGCUUCCGAGACUCUGUUCCACGACGCCAACGACCUCUGCAACGUCAUUGAUUCUUGCACCACGCUCAUCCCGGGAGCAAGCCCAGGAAGAACCUGGGUAUUUGACCCCAUCGACGGCACAAAGACCUUCAUUCGGCGCGAGCAGUACGCCAUAAAUAUCGCCCUGCUCGACGAAGGGGGCCGCCAGGUCCUGAGCGUUGUGGCCUGUCCGCUUCUCGCCGUAAAUCAUGAUAUCACCACUCCGCUGACCGACACUUCCAUCGACCCGACGGGGCGAGGGUCUCUCCUGUAUGCCGUCCGAGGACACGGAGCGUAUAUCAGGCCACUCUUGUUGCCCGGCGCAGCUGACUCAGACAACGACAUGAUCAAUUCCCACACCCGCAAACUCCCUCGACAUGCCGACACCGCCACCUCUACCACCGACCUCCGCUCCGUAACCUGCUGGACCCAGCUCGACUCCGGGCUCGGCGCGGUGCACCAGGCCGUCGCCUCCCAACUUUCCACCCCUUUCCCAGGCAGCGACCUGCUCGGCUGGGUCCCGCGCUGGGCCUGCCUGGCCCUCGGCGCCGCCAACAUGACAGUGUGGGUGUACCACUCGCGCAGCCGCCGCGCAAAGAUAUGGGACCACGCGGGGGCCAUGCUGCUCGUCGAGGAGGUCGGCGGCAGGAUCACCGACGUACACGGCAACGAGAUCGACCUGACGGCCGGGCGCAAACUCGAGCGCAAUUUUGGCUUCGUCGCCGCUCCCACGAGUCUCCAUGCCAUCGUACUCGAAACGGUCCACGACACUCUCCGGGCGAGCGGGAGGGAGGAGCUGCUGCGGUAG